CCAGCCAUUCAGUCAGUCCACUUUUGGCUCUCGUCUCGUGCAGUUUAGCAAAGCAACCGAAUAAGUAAAUGCACCGCGUUCAUUGGCCGCGCGUUUACGUGUACGUGUGCGUGUGAGUGUGAGUGUCGUCUAGCUGCGUCGCCCUAAAAUGCUGGCAACAAGGUGUUAAAAAACAAUUUUCAAACAUAAUCAUCGUAAUAAACGAAACGAAAACUACAAAAAAUAAGAAAAAAAAAGAAAGAAAACGACGAAGAGGAGGAGGAGGAGUAGAAGCAGCAGCAGUAGAUUAUCCCAGCAGCAGCAAUUAUCUAAAUGAAAAUGCGAAAUCAUCAAGAAAACGGAAAUCAUCAGCAGAGCUCAGCCACGACGACAGCAAUAGUAGCAACAGCAACAGCAACAAUAACAGCAACAACAACAGCGACAGCAGCAGCAGCAGCAGCAACUGCUACGACAGCAACUGUGACAAUGCCUUUGGAUAGCACCAAAAUGGACAACGCCAAUGGCAAUCACAACAGCAACAUCAGUAACUCCAACAACAACAACAACAAUCACAACAGCAACAUCAACAUCAACAACAUCAGCAGCAACAACAGCAAUGGACAAAAUGACAAACUGUCCAAGUUGUUGCUGCCCGCACUUAAGAACAACUCCAAGGAUGCCUCGCUAACCCAAUCACAAUCACAGUUGCAAUCACAGUCGCAGUCACAGUCGCAGUCGCAGUCGCAGUCACCGUCACCGUCACAGUUGCAAUUGCAAUCGCAGCGUAGGCAACAGCAAUUUACGCCCCUCAAUGUUUCGGAUGCGGCCAGCAAUGCCAGCUUUAGUUCCGCAUCAGUUGCCGGCUCCAUACAGGAUGACAUGCAGCUGCCACCCACGCAGCAACAGUUGCAGCAGCACAAGCAGCAAUCGCUGCAGCAUUUGGAUCAAUGCGGCCUCACGCAAGCCGGCCUGGAGGAAUACAACAUACGUGCCUCGUCCUACUAUGACCAGACAACGUUCCAUCAUCAGAAGCAGGCGUCCUAUGCACAGUCCGAGGGCUACCACAGCUACGUCUCCAGCUCCGAUAGCACGUCGGCAACACCGUUCCUAGACAAAUUACGUCAGGAGAGCGAACUGCUCUCGCGCCAGUCGCAUCAUUGGUCUGAGAACGAUCUCAGCUCUGUUUGCAGCAAUUCGGUGGCUCCCUCGCCCAUUCCGCUGCUCAAUCGACAAUGCAACAGCCACGGCAACGGCAGUAGCAACAGCUCCCAACAUCACAGUCCCAAUAGCAACAACAAUAACAACAACAACAACAGCUCUGAGAGCACCUCCUCAACGGAAACGCUGAAAUGGCUUGGCUCAAUGAGCGACAUUUCAGAGGCGAGCCAUGUGACGGGCUACAGUGCCAUUGCCGAAUCGGUUUCCUCCUCGCAGCUGAUUGUGCACAGCUCCCGGGUGCUGACGCCCAAGCGGCAUCAAAGCGAGAGCGUGCUCUAUCUGCACGACAACAGCGAGCCAACAGCAGCAGCGGCCACAUCAACAGCAGCAACAGCAACAGCAACUUCUGCUGCUGCUCCUGCUGCCGCUCCUGCUUCCACGGCAGCUGCAUUGCCCGCCAGCCAGUCGAUCUCAGAGGAUGUGAUGCCGCCGCUGCCACGCAUCCAGCAUCGUCACAGUCCCAGCUAUCCGCCGGUGCACACAUCCAUGGCGCUGCAUCGCUUCCAGCAGCAGCAGCAGCAACACUUGCCAAACAAUUACAAGUUGAGCGCACAAAGUUCCUUGCCCGAGCUGGAGACAACAGCAGGAGCAGCAGCAGCAGCAGCAGCAGCGCAAGAGUCUCGCUCCCACCUGGGCCAAUCCCAGUCGACAGGUGACCUGCAGCUGCACAAGUCAAGCAUUUCGGUGACCAUAUCGAGCAGCGAGGCAGUGGUCACAAUCGCGCCACAGCCGCCGCCCAGCAAGCCGCAGCUCAGCAAACUGGAGCUGCACAGCUGCAGUGCACCCAAUGUGGCCAUCUCGAGCAGCAACAGCAACAGCAGCAGCAGCCACUCGCCAACCUUUUCCAGCACCGCCAACGACUCGUACCGCAGCAAUCAUCGCCUGUUCCCCGUCAGCACCUACACCGAGCCGCUGCAGAGCAACAGCUCGCAGUAUGUGCAGCAUCCGAAGCCGCAGUUUAGCGCCAAUCUAAACAAGUCCAUCAAACACCCUGUGAUAACGCCCGCUGGGUCGGCUGUGCAGCCCGCCUGGCAUUCGGUGGCUGAGCGCAUCAACGACUUUGAGCGGAGCCAAAUGCUGGAGACACCGAAAUUUGGCUACCUGGAGCCAAGCAAAACCCAUCGGCUAUCGAAUCCCGCGCUCAAGGCGCUGCAGAAGAAUGCCGUGCAGUCCUAUGUGGAGCGCCAGCAGAAGGAGGAGCAACAGCUGCUGCGCUCUCAGUCGCACUCGCAUUCGUAUCAGGCGCUGCAGCAGAUCGAACGCAAAUCGCUGCCCAACAAGCUGAGCCCAUUGAUGGUGGGCUUGCCCAGCACCAACUCCAACUCCAAUUCGAACUCCAACUCGAACUCUAAUUCCAACUCGAACUCCAACUCCAACUCUGGCUGCAGUUCACCCACACCGCCGCCGCCGCCGCCUCGCUCCCGCUCGCUGCUGCCCAAUCUGCUGCGUCGCUCCAGCUCCGCCUCGGACUAUGCGGACUUUCGUGAGCCGCAGCCGCAGCCGCAGCAGCUGAAGCCGCCGAGCAUACGGAACAUAAGCAGCGCUGAGAAACUGUCCUUCAAUGAUUGUGGCAUGCCGCCACCGCCGCCACCGCCGCGCGCUCGCAUUGCCAUGCCCACGCGACGCACCUCCUCGGCCACGGAAUAUGCGCCAAUGCGAGAGAAAUUGCUGCUGCAGCAGGCAGCGGCGCUGGCCCAUCAGCAACAUCAUCCGCAACAGCAUCCGCAACAGCAUCAGUCGCAUCAGCCACAUCACUCACAUCAUCCACAUCAGCCGCAGCUUCAUCAUCGUCCGGUGCAGCAUGUGUAUGAGCGGCCGCCCGAACGUCCGCCCAAGCAGCCCCAUUUGCGUGUGCCCUCGCCGGAGCUGCCGCCCCCGCCGCUGGGCGCCGAGCUGGAUACGAGCUAUACGUUCGAUGAGCCGCUGCCCCCACCACCGCCGCCGGAAGUGCUGCAGCAGCGGCCGCCGCCAUCGCCGAAUCGUCGCAACAGCUUUGCGGGCGCAGCCACAGCGAAGCCCACGCUGGCGCCGAAGGUGCCGCCGCAGGUGCCCAAAAAGCCAACGAGCUUGCGGCAGCUGCCACAGCAGUCGCUGUCCAAUGGCGCCGUCAAGCCCACAAAUCUGCCCACAACAAACAGCCGCAAGCGGCCGCACAACAAUCCGCCGCCCGUCCUGGAGAGCGCCGGGGCACAGCCGGCGCCGCCUCCGCUGCUGCCGCGCGCUCGGCCCACGCCGUGCCACGCCGCUGACAGCGUGAUAGCCAGCAAUCUGGAGAGCAAUCAGCACAAGCGAUCGAACUCGAAGGCCUCGUAUCUGCCGCGUCAGAGCCUGGAGAAGCUGAACAACACAGAUCCGGAUCAUGGCAUCUAUAAGCUGACGCUCACCUCCAACGAGGACCUGGUGGCGCACAGCAAGCCCAGCUACGGCAUUGCGGCGGCAGCCGCUGCUGCGGGCAAGCUGAAAAUGCCCAACAAUUUGCCGGAUGUCUUGCCGCUGGGUGUGAAGCUGCAGCAGCAGCCGGUGAAGCCGGUGAAGCCGAUGACGCCCAGUUCGCCGGGCGAUGUGGUUGUCGCCAUGCGCUACGGCUCCAAUAAUAAUCUCGCAACGAAUGCCACGCCCACGAAUGCAGCGAAUGCUGUUGGCGGCAAUAAUACAGCCUAUGCCAUGAUCUAUGGCCAGACGGUGCAGCAGCAGCAACAGCAGCCACAGCAUCCGCAGCAACAGCAGCAACGGUACUCGACGCCCACGAUGGGCCACGCCUACAGCAGCAAAAGCCGAUCGCCAGCGCCACAAUUUACGCGAUCUCAGUCGUACGAUGUGAAGCAACUGCAGUCCCUAAACGAUGCCACCACAUUCGUCUCCCAGUCACAGGUGGAUCUGAAGCAGGUUGCACAGAAUCUGGAGACGACGCUGGAGGAGGCAUCGCUGCCAGCGACACCGCCGCAGCUCCUCUCGCCGGCCAACUCCAAUUCCGAUUGCAGCCUGAGCACCAGCUCACUGGAGUGCAGUCCAGUGAAUGGGAAUGCGAAUGUCAAUAACGAUGCAGCUGCACACAUCUUUCGGGCUGAGGUAAUUAGCACCACGCCGACAACGACGACGACGACGACAGCGACGCAGCCGAAGCCACCUGUCAGCCGGCAGGAGUCGUUGCGUGAGAACAUUGAAAAGAUAACACAACUGCAGUCACAGCUGAUGUCAGCGCAUCUGUGUGAUACGGCGGGUCUGCUGAGCAGCUAUGGCAAGCCGAGCAGCACCACGAAUACGAGCAUGAGCACGAGCACCACUGCAGAGCCAGCCACAGGCACAGUUGCAGCCACAGCCACAGCCAGCGCCACAGCCACUGAGCAGCCGCCCAGCCCAGCAGCCCCUGCUCCGUUGGAGGAGGAGCCGGCAGCUGAAGCGGCCACGGCAGCCACGCCCGAAGCCUCGCCCAUGGAUAGCCUGCAGCUGAUGCAGCGCAGCGAACUGGUGCUGAUUGUCAAUCCCACGCCCAGCACCUCGGACAUGGCCUGCCAAACGGAUGAGGAUCUGCUGGACAAUGAGCUGGUGGCCACGCGCGAGGAGCAACAGACACGCACCACACUGCAGCCACGUCAGCAGCAGGCCAUCGAGCUGGAGUACGAGCAGGCGGCCUUGGAGCUGAUCAAGCAGCUGUUGCCCAACGACAAACUCAUCGAAAUCCUAACACCAAAAAGAUAUAAACCAACGACACAGUAUGUCAACAACUUGUACAAUCCGAAUGUGCAGCUGCGUCCGGCCAAGCGAGAUGUGGGCACCUCAACGCUGAUGCGCAUGAAGGGCGACAGCGCCAGGAGCAACUGCAGCAGCAACAGCAGCAGCUCCAGCAACUCAGUUGCUACGACAGAGCUGCAGCUGGUCAGCGUGGAGCUGCAGCUGACGGAUGAGGAUGAUGCAAGCGACACGGAUAGCACGAAUUUAAUCAAGCAACAGCUGCAUGCGCUGAUCAAGCAGUUGAACCAAAAAAUUGGCUCGCUCAAAAGUGAGCAGCAAACAAUUUGCGAUGAGUGCAGCAUUAAUGACAAACUGGGCCUCGAUUUGCUGGCCAAGUUAACGGAGAAGGUGCGUCCCAGCGAAGCCUCCAAGUUCCGCACCUACAUCGAUGAUGUGGGUCACAUAACCAGCCUUUUGCUCUCGCUCUCCGAGCGUUUGGCGCAAACUGAAAGCAGUCUAGAGACGAUUAGCAGCCAGCAGGAGAAGAGUACGCUGGCAGCGAAACGUGAACGUCUCUAUGAGCAGCUGGAGGAGGCGCAACGGCUCAAGUCUGACAUCGAUAGGCGUGGCAGCAGCAUUGCCAAACUGAUUGGCAAACAUCUCAACGUUGACAUGUGCGCCGAUUAUGAUUACUUUAUUAAUAUGAAGGCCAAACUGAUUGCCGAUGCACGCGACCUCUCCGACAGGAUCAAGAGCAGCGAGGAGCAGUUGAACGCCUUAAGCGAUGCGCUAGUCCAAAGCGAUUGCUAGCUGGGCUCUCAAUUCAAUUUUCCGUGCUGUCAACUUUAAGUUGAGGGCUGUUUGCGAGAAUUGCCUCAGCUGCUGGUCGGGCUGUGUGUAUUUAACUUAACUUAAUGUGCUUAAAAUUCAACCACAACACACACUAUAAUGUAUAAAUAUUUUAUGUUCAUUUGUGAUUUUCAAUUAGUAUGUAGGGUAAACUAUGUAUCAACCGCAUAUGUGUAAGCAAUUUUUUACAUAAUUAUCAAAAGCAAAGAUAAACUGUAUGCAUUAAUAAAAAUUUUAAAACAAUUUAAA